GGAGAAUUCAUUCCUAAAGGGCUGGCUCCUCGGACACAGCUCAAAGACGUAGCUACGAGACAUUUGUGUGCGUCUCGGGGAAAGAGAGAAAGAGAGAGAGAGAGAGAGAGAGAGAGAGAGAGAGAGAGAGAGAGAGAGAAAGAGAAAGAGAAAGAGAGGGAGAGAGCUUGCUAAAUGAGUGUAGACCUCUCUAGCUGAUCCGGGAGGUUGUUCUGCCACUUAGCCCGUCAUGUGAUUGCCCUGGGUAUGUUAUCCUUCGGUUUUUCCUUUCUUUUUUUUGUUUUGUUGUUGGUUAACUUGAUUUUCAGAAGCAGCCAACCUACAACCGCAGAGAAGCCCAAGUAGGCUAAGACUUGUAAAUCAUUUUGUUUUAUUAGGGUAGGCUAGGGCUUCUGCGUCCCAAAAGGGUGGUGGACCCGAACACAAGCUUCCUGUGGAGACUCACUACCAUCUAGCAAAGACAACAGACUAUACUUGUUGGAGACGUCCAGAGAAGGAGAGCCUAUCCCUUUACCGCUGGUUCUUCUUUUUUCAGUCCUUCUACAAAAGAAGAGGGAUUUCAAGGAAUAUAAUAUAUGCACCGAUUUAAAAAAGGUCUCAAAUGCUCGGUUAACAAUGGGCUCUACGAACCACUGAAGAGCCUCUGAUAAAAGAACAGGGGAAACGGGGAGGAAAGGAGAGAGAGAAAAGGAGAGAGAAAACAAAGCAAAAGGAGAGGGGACUCUCAGAGAGAGAGAGAGAGAGGAGAGAGAAGGAGAGAGAAGGAGCCCCUAUUGAAAAGAAAAGCGAAGGUUGGGUCCGGUAGGAUCAGCUUUGUGUCUGUCGGUGUGUUGUUGGGUUGCAUGCUGUCCUCUCCAGGGGACAUCCUCCUUUGUGUGAGAGAUAGUUAACAAAAGACAAAGAAUGCCCAAUAAACAGAGAGGAGAGUGUCGAGCAGCGGAGGAGGCUAGAGCGGGGAUGCCUGGUCUUGGGAGCUUAGCUGUGUGUUGCAAGGCUAGUGUUUUGCUGCUACUGGCUCUUAUGAUAACUCUGGCUCAAGGGGCCUGGCCACUGGAUCAAUCCCAGGGACAAGUGGAGGUGCUGGGGGACAUGAUGGUGGACGGACCCGGGGAGCUAGAGGCCUCCAUGCACUCCUCCAUACUGUCAGACUUCCAGGUGGUGGAGGCAGCUGUGGAGGCCUUGGAGCCCGUGGCGGAUGCAGUUCAGCAGUCUGCAGUAGGAGCAGGGGGAGUGUCAGGAUUCCCAGACUCGUCUGCUGUGGUGGGCCGGGUGUUCCAGAUGAAAGUUCCGGUGAAGACGGACAAUACCAGGAACAUGGUGAAGAUAACUGAGUCAGGCAAGGAGACGCUACCAACAUGGCUGCACUGGGACAGGAAGAGAAACAUCCUACAGGGUCUACCACUGGGGGAGGACAAGGGUGUCCACUAUAUCUCUGUCUCCACAUCCAACUGCAGCCAGGAUAUCUUCUCCAUCGAGGUGCACCCAGAGGAGCAUGCUGACACCGACCCGAUCCAGGUAGCCAUCCAGUCAGCGUCCAACAACUCCAACAACGAGGUACAGCCAUUCGUCUGUGGCAACGAGGAGCCGGUGACGGUGCUCACAGUGAUUCUGGAUGCUGACCUGACCAAGAUGAGCUCCAGGCAGAGGGUGGAGCUGCUGGGAAAGAUGAAGAAGUUCUCUGGCGUGGCGCUCCAGCACAUGAAGAUACUUCCCGUGGUCAACAACCGAUUGUUCGAUAUGUCCGCCUUCAUGGCCGGACCAGGAAAUGCCAAAAAGGUGGUGGAGAACGGAGCCCUGUUAUCCUGGAAGCUGGGCUGUUCCCUGGACCAGAGUAACGUCCCUAAUAUUAGUAGCGUCCAGGCGCCGGCUAAAGAGGGCACUAUGUCGGCUCAGUUGGGAUAUCCGGUCGUCGGUUGGCACAUCGCCAACAAGAAGCCUCAUAUCCCAAAACGGGUGAGGCGCCAGCUCAACAAUACCCCUACUCCUGUUCUAGCUUUGCUUCCCCCUACAUCUGUCGUCGAGCCCCCUGUUCGCAUUGUACCCACCCUGUCGUCACCUGCCAUUGCUGCCCCCACAGACAGCUCUGCCCCACCCAUGAGAGGGCCUGUGCCCUUGCCCAUGAAGCCCACGAUCCGUGUCAGAGACUCUUAUUCCCACACUCCCACUCAGGGUGCACCCCUGCCAACCAGAGUGAUGGAGUCCACUAGUACCAUCUCCAUUGAACCCACCAUGACCAGGCAUACCGUUGUGGAAGCUACGCCGACACUCCCUCCACCCACCACAGUCGCCACCAGAAAGCCAACCAAGAAACCAAAGAGACCGAAGACCACUCCGAUGCCAAGGGAGCCCAAGACCACCACAGCCAAACCAGCCAGGCGCACCACCCCUUCGUCCAUCGUGCCUGACCCAAGAAACGAGAAACCAGAUCUUCGCAACCCCAUCGAUCAGGUCAAUGCCUUCGUGGGCACAUAUUUUGAAGUGAAAAUCCCAUCCGAUACUUUCUUUGACAAGGAGGACGGUACGACAGACAAGCUGAGGUUGUCAUUGAGGAUGAACCACAACGAAGUAGUCGGAGAUGAUUCAUGGAUACAGUUUAAUAGCACAAGCCAGCUGCUGUACGGUCUACCAGACUCGAACCACAUCGGGAAGCAUGAGUACUUCAUGCAGGCCACCGAUAAGGGCGGUCUGAAUGCGAUCGACGCCUUUGAGGUCCGUGUGAACCGCUGGGCUUCCAACGAUAAGUCGCCGGUCUUGUUCCAGGCUCGCUUCCACGGGGAACCUCACCAGGUGACCAACGACAUCCACAAGAAGAUUUUGCUCAUCAAAAAACUGGCGUACUCGUUCGGGGACCGCAACAGCAGCACGGUCACCCUGAGGAACAUCACCAAGGGAUCCAUCAUGGUGGAGUGGACCAACAACAGCCUCCAGCAGAACCCCUGUCCCAAGGAGCAGAUCCAGACCAUGUCCAGGAGGAUCUCCGACGCCCAGGGAAGGCCCUCCCAGACAUUCAUCUCCACCAUGGAGCCUGAAUUCAAACCCAUUGACAUCAAGGUCAAAGGGACAGCCGCCUGCCAGAAGUACAUGUUCGUGCCGCCAAGUGAAAUCACCAUUCCUAUACCCCCGGCCGUCACACCGGCGCUCGGCGCCGGACGCCAGAGCACGGACGACGUCUACCUCCACACGGUCAUCCCUGCAGUGGUGGUGGCAGCCAUAUUGCUGAUCGCCGGCAUCAUCGCUAUGAUCUGCUACCGUAAGAAGCGCAAGGGCAAGCUGACCAUCGAGGACCAGGCUACUUUCAUCAAGAAGGGGGUGCCCAUAAUCUUCGCAGAUGAGCUUGACGACUCCAAGCCCCCUCCGUCCUCCUCCAUGCCCCUCAUCCUGCAGGAGGAGAAACCCCCACUGCCCCCGCCGGAGUACCCCAACAUGGCCAGUCCAGAGACCACCCCCUUGAACCAGGACCUUCUGGGGGAGUACACAGCUCUGAGGGAUGAGGACCCCAAUGCCCCUCCCUACCAGCCUCCACCCCCCUUCACUGUCCCCAUGGAAGGUAAAGGCUCUCGUCCAAAGAACAUGACCCCCUACAGAUCCCCACCACCUUACGUGCCACCCUAAGGUUAGCUGGCUCCUCCAGAGGAGGAGAGGGGAAGCAGGGGGGACUUGUAACCGUCUCACACCAGUGUUGUCUGUUUGGAAAUAAGGGGUGGGAGGAGGAGGGUAGAGGCUCUGCAAAGUGGCAAUGAACUUCGGACAUUUUGGUUUGGGAGGGUUUUGGGCUGAUCUGAUCAAGGCUGAGUUAAGGUUGAACGAUGGGAGGGAGGGAGAACUAGGUGGUAGCCUCGGGCAACAGUAGCCAGAACAAUGACACUAUUCAGUCUCUCGUCAUCUCAUUGGCUACAGCUGAACAGCUAGAUUGAGAAGAAACGCCCCUCCGGUCCCAGCAGCUUUUUUUCUCCAUUUGAAACUAAAUGGCCUUUUUGUUUUAUUUUGUGUCUUUUGGUUCUGGUUUUCUUCUGUUUUUGACUUGACUUUAAGAUCAAACUACUUGCCUUUUUUAAUCUUCUUUUAUCUUUGAAUAAUACAAGAGGACAAUAGACAAACACACACUACAGGCAAAAAGGUUUUUAAUGAUGAGAUAGAGAGUUCUAUGAAUGAAAACAAACACAACAUAAUCAUUUUGAUCUGGGACAGCCAACCCUGCAGACAGUGCUAAACACAGUGGCUGAUCGAUGUGGUGGUGGCUGUUUUGGAUUCAAUAAGGUUUGCCUUUUAACACUAAUUGUAUGUUUUUACCCUUAUUCACACAAUGUCUAGUCAAGAUGAGCAUAACAAAGGUAGCCUAAAAGAAUAAUUAGAAAUUAGUAUAAAGUUUCUAUUCAACAUUUUUUUUUUUCAAAACUUUAUAUCUUUAAGGUUAUGUUAGAUUAGAUAGAUAGAUAGGAUUAUUUUGGUGGUGGUGGAGCAGAUCUCCUGACUGAAAUAGCCUGCAGGAUCUCUUUUUCCCCCGAUCAGAAAGGAACGGUACACCUAGUAGGUAGGCCUCGUCAGGGUUAGUGAACGUUAACAUGAAAGGCAAUGUCAUCCAGGUGGUUACCCUGGCCUGAUUAUUACCAGAUGGUUACCCUGGCCUGGUUAUUACCAGGUGGUUACCCUGGCCUGGUUAUUACCAGAUGGUUACCCUGGCCUGGUUAUUAUCAGAUGGUUACCCUGGCCUGGUUAUUACCAGAUGGUUACCCUGGCCUGGUUAUUACCAGGUGGUUACCCUGGCCUGGUUAUUAUCAGGUGGUUACCCUGGCCUGAUUAUUACCAGGUGGUUACCCUGGCCUGGUUAUUACCAGGUGGUUACCCUGGCCUGGUUAUUACCAGGUGGUUACCCUGGCCUGGUUAUUAUCAGGUGGUUACCCUGGCCUGAUUAUUACCAGGUGGUUACCCUGGCCUGGUUAUUACCAGGUGGUUACCCUGGCCUGGUUAUUACCAGAUGGUUACCCUGGCCUGGUUAUUACCAGGUGGUUACCCUGGCCUGGUUAUUAUCAGGUGGUUACCCUGGCCUGGUUAUUACCAGGUGGUUACCCUGGCCUGGUUAUUACCAGGUGGUUACCCUGGCCUGGUUAUUAUCAGAUGGUUACCCUGGCCUGGUUAUUAUCAGGUGGUUACCCUGGCCUGAUUAUUACCAGGUGGUUACCCUGGCCUGGUUAUUACCAGGUGGUUACCCUGGCCUGGUUAUUAUCAGAUGGUUACCCUGGCCUGGUUAUUACCAGGUGGUUACCCUGGCCUGGUUAUUACCAGGUGGUUACCCUGGCCUGAUUAUUACCAGGUGGUUACCCUGGCCUGGUUAUUACCAGGUGGUUACCCUGGCCUGGUUAUUAUUUAAUGGUUACCCUGGCCUGGUUAUUAUCAGGUGGUUACCCUGGCCUGAUUAUUACCAGGUGGUUACCCUGGCCUGGUUAUUAUCAGAUGGUUACCCUGGCCUGGUUAUUAUUAGAUUUCUUGUUUUUACUUUGUCUGAGUUUUCCAAAGCCACCCAAAAUCAUUCAAGAGAGAAAUAUAACACAAUACAAUGCCCCUUUUUACUAUUCUUGUUUAAAAUGGGUUAAAAUGAGUAUCAUGAUCCCAAUAUGAUCAUAACAUUGACAAUUUGAAUGCCAUUUUGCCUUUAUGGUGAUACGACAAGUGUCUUCUGUAAAUAACGAUGGAUCGGCCUGUGUGUAUUUUUAGUCCAAAAACAUUUUGUGUAAAUCAGAUGUGGAAAAAGCCUCCUGCAGUUUAUUUUAGACAAGGGGUCAUUAUUUUUUUAUGUAGUGAUGAUGCUCUUGUUUUCACAGGAAACAGUUUAGGGCUGUUGAGAGUGAUUUGAGAACAUCCUGAAAGGGAUACAGCGUGUAUUCACAACUCAAAGGUCAUUGUUGAGAGGAUGGUAGGAGUGUUAGAGAGAGAGAGAAAUGGGAAUAUCCCAAUAACAAGAUUCCCAGAAAACACAGGACAAAAUGGUUGAUAAAAUCUAUCUAAUUUUUUUACAACGUUUUUGAUACAGCAUCAAAUUGUUUAAGAAAAAAAUCGAUAAAUACAUGAAUAGUGUACUGCAAUUUGUAAAAUCUUAGAGUAGAGAAUUGAUUCCUUAUUAUAUACCUUUUCUCAUUGGUCACCUAUUUCAAGGGAUUUUAUUUCGUUUUUUUGUUGCCAUAUUGUCGAAUUGAAAUGCACCUCCUGUUAAACAGUCGGAAUUACCCAUUUUAUGUAAUCACACAUUUUAUUUAAUGUUCAAAUUCUUCACUAACGACUUUGAAAGUGACCCUUUGCAAUAAUGUAAGGUACUGCCUGAUGGUGGUGGUGAGUGGUCAAUGCAGGUUAGAUAAGUGAUGAUGUACUACACGCAUAAUGAUGACGAUGUGCACGCAUAAUGAUGACGAUGUGCACGCAUAAUGAUGAUGAUGAUGAUGAUGUGCACGCAUAAUGAUGAUGAUGUACCUACAUAGUUUGUUUUUGCCAGAUUCCAAGUGUUGCUUUUUGAGUGUCCAUUUAUUAUGGAAGCCGACCUCCGUCUAUCUGUAUCCAGAUAAUUCUUCAUUCUUCACACGUUUGAAACUCUAAUCCAACAAGUCCCAAUAGUAUUGGAAUGAAUGAAUCAUCAUAUAUAUAUAUAUAUAUAUAUAUAUAACAGAGUUCAUUAUGAUGGUAUAUCUUGCUUGGUAUGUUGCCGUACAUUAUAAUAUAGAGAUUUAUUUUUUAUUGAUGAGCUUCGGUUAUAAUUGGUUUUCUAAUGCUUCCCUAUAUUGACGAGUCAAUAUGUCUACAUCCAUAGAGGUUUCAUUAAGGAGUGUAUCCAUCUGUCUAAUCUAUCAGCCAUUUUAAGACCCUGAUUCCUGUCACAAUAACUGAUUCAUAAUUCCGUCUCCUUGUUAAAACUGGUAUUGUUAAUCUGACUAGAUGACACAUUUUGAUCUGGAACCUCGAACCGUUAAAAAAGGUUAACAUGUUGUCGAUCUCCUUUCAGUUCAAUGUUUCCAUCACACUCACCGCCAUUAAAUACAGAUGGAGUUUAUUGGUUAUAUGUAAAUAACUUGCUGACCCCCCCCCUCCUCCGCCCCUCCGCGUCCACAGAUCAUGUCGUCACUUCAGCUCUAUUGAUUUCUGACAAGGAACAAACUGCAAUAAUAGUCCCAGAUGGUUUAUCCCAAUAGGGUUGUUAGUUAGUCAAAUAAGAAAUAUAUAGUUACUUAUGACAGUUACUGAGAUUGACAGAUUUUAUUCACGUUUGAGUGAGAUUCAUAGAACAAUAGGUAAGUAGAUGGUACAAGGACAUCCUUAUUUUUUUGUUGGUUUAUAUAUAUUUUAAGUGGUGUAGUCAUUUCAGCAUUAAGCUCAAUUAAUUCAUUAGGCUAGCGAAGAAUCAGGCUUAGUUACACCGAGUCAAAGAUAAGUCACUUAAGUUAAGUACGUGUGACACACACAAGAGUACAUGCUGUGUUAAAAUCGUACAUGAUGAAAGUGUUAGUGACGUGUGUUUCUCAAAUCUCGGAUUUAUUCCCAUUCGACUCAAAUUAAGAGGAGAUUGUGAUCUGAUUUGUGCGAAGCUUAACGGAGAAGAAACCAACGAUGCAAACAAAUUUAAAAAUAAAUAAUGUAAUAGCAGUCAUUCACUAUAACUGGUUCAAAUGCCUUGUUGACAAUAUCUUAUCUGUUGGCUACAUUUCAGUAUUUCAGUUUCAUUUCAGAUAUUAGCAACGGUAUUGCAAAAGAUACGGAAUCAACAAAAACACAUUUGUUCUUUUCAUUUAGAACACGAUAGCUGUCCUGAAGGAUACACAUUAAGGUGUAUCGACCUCUACGUUUUGUUUAAGCCCGAUUUUCUGUCUUUCUGUGUUGUUCAUUUACUUUCAUUAGAUUUCCUUAUUGCCCAUUUUGAAAUGUAGAGAUUGGUGUGUGUGUGUGUGUCAAAUCAAAUCAGCCUUAGAAAUUAAUGUCUUCAUAUGCAGCAAGCAGGACUGACUGAAAGCCUCCUAAGCCCCGACAAGGUGCAUAUUUUACUAUAUUUAAUUUUGUUCGCUUAUAGAGAAUGUUUUCUUCAUUUAGUUUUUACAUUCAUGAGUGAAUUAGUACUUACAAAUGGAAUAAUGAUGAUAGUAACAAUGGUGAUUGUGAUGAUUUAUAAUAAUUACAAGAAUAAUAUGGUUAUUAUAAUGGUUUCAGGGGGACAUUAUACACUGUUUGUCCUUCAUUUUUGUUAUUGAAAUACCUGUUUUUCCCCCAUCGCCUUGCCAAUAAAAAUGGGACUCCUCUGGUUCGCAAACAAAAUGGUUGCCAAAGUA